AUGCUUCCCACCAUUGCCUGUGAUAUGUCUCUUGUUGAAGAAUUUCCGCUGAUCAUCCCAAGCAUCACCUCGGAUGGUGUUUGCAAGUACUCAGGUUUUAUCAGUAUAUGUGGUCAUUCUUACAGAAUCUGCGUACUGGUUCCUGGCAGUGGAGAUCUGUCUUCUUCCAGACUGGAAUGUGAAUGGAACCUGCAGCACAGGCUCUGCCAUAAAACCAGUCUCAUUCAGCAGAGGCUUCAGAAAUCAAAGAAUCUUGUUGCCUUCCUGAAGGACUUUGCUCUGAUUGCUGAAACAUGUUUGAAAAACUCUUCUACAGAGCCUGAAGUAUGGCUACAGCACAGCUCACAUAUUCUUCAGCAGAUCCAGGAGCUCGGAUGGGAAAACAUAAAAAACAUUGGAGAGGGUUUCUCGUGUGUGGAGCUUGGUCUUCAUGACACUGUCGGCAGAUGGCACAGUAUGAAGGUGAUUUUCAACAAACAGGUGAGUACAAGCAGAAAACAUCUCAAUUAUAAUUCAACACAACCUCCACUGUGUGAUACAAGCUUGCCAGAAAAGUUUGACUUUCAUUGGUCUGAAAAGACGAGACUCAAGCAUGUCUUCCAGCAGUUUGAGGCAGCUGUACAGUCACACCAGUUGUUCUGGAAUAUCAUGAAAGAGAUAGACAGCAGCUGCUGGGUUCUGGAUCCUGAGCACCCCACGUUUGCUUCAACAUAUCGGAGAAUAGCUUUAGGUCCCAAUAUAUCCCUUCAGAUCACAGUCAACUGCCGGCAGCCAACAACUUUACCAGAGUGUCGUUUUCUGGGCUCGGAAUCAGUUAUUGCAGAACUGAGAGAAAAGCUAAAUGUGAACCUUCACAGAUGGGACAUAGACAGGUCUCUGCUGAACAAUCUACAGGAGGUUCUGGACAUGGAUUUCCCUUCGCCGACAGAUACCAGAAAAGAGGAACUAACUGUUGACUGUGGAAUUUGCUAUUGCCAUUGCUUGAGUGACCAAGUCCCAGAGGUUGUAUGUGAGGACAGGCGUUGUGCUCAGGCUUUCCACAGAUCUUGUUUAUAUGAGUGGUUGAGGAACUUAUCCUGCAAGCAGAGUUUCAACACCUUGUUUGGCGAAUGCCCUCUGUGCAGCCAUCCCAUCAGAGUCAAGAUACCAGCAGGCUAG